GCUUAUUCUAAGACUAUUUCCAAACAUGUCUAAAAUAACUCUAUUUCAACAUAUUUAGUAUUGGGCCGGCUAACGGGAGAGAGAAAUAAUUCUAUGUUUGGACUGGUACCCCCCAACUUUAAUCCCCUUUUCUAGUUUCACUCCCCAUCGAUCCGAUCAGGCCCUCCUUCCGAUUCAUCGUUCUUCCUUCCAGGCGACCGACCUCUCAACUCAGUUUGGAUCUAGUGGGGAUAAUAUUUUAUCAAGUUCUAAACAUACCAGAACAUGGCUGAUUUGGAUGAUUUGCUCCUGCUGGCAGCUGGAAGACCUAGUGGAAGUGGGAGGAGUCGUCAUUCUCCUGUGUCUAGGAGGCACCACAGAGUUGAUGGAAUCGACUCAAGAGACAACGAUUCAGAUGAUGAUCGGGGUUAUUCAAACAGAAAACUAUCUGGCUCUCAAGUUCCUCUUAAGAAGAGGUUGGAUCCUACAGAGAGAGAUGACGAGCAUAGUGAUCGUGGAGGUGAUGAUGAUGGCUAUGAUCGUGAGCGUGAUAGUGACGAUGAUUCCAUUGGGAGUGACCUUUAUAAGGAUGAAAAUGACCGCCGCGAGCUUGCUCAAAUGACAGAGCUUGAAAGAGAAAUGAUACUGACAGAUCGGGCAUCAAAGAGAUCUGACAAACAAAUGCAUGAUAAAUUACGAGGGAAGAACAGCCAAGGAAGAAAAUCCAGCCCCCCUCCGUCACAGUCUCGUGGAACCCGCUCUUCCACUAGAGCUCUAGGUCGUGCAGCAGAUAGGGAUGGCGCAUUGAAUGAGAUAAGAGCUAAACGAGCAAGACAGCAGGAUCCUGAAACUCACUGGCAAACAAGAGAUGCAGUUCGAAGAGGUACUGGUAGCAGGGGUUACUCACCUGUUAAGAGGAGAACUUUUACAGCUGCCACUUUAGGGAGUAGCCCUAACAGAGCUGAAAGUGGGUCACAAAGUGAUGAAGGAGAGUCUGGAGAUGAUGCAAUGGCUGAUAGUGAUGAUGACAAGACUUCCCCCAACUCAAAACUGCCAACUUUUGAGGAUAUAAAAGAAAUUACCAUCCGGCGAUCAAAACUUGCGAAGUGGUUCAUGGAACCCUUCUUUGAUGAGUUAAUUGUUGGCUGCUUUGUGAGAGUUGGAAUUGGGAGAUCCAGGUCUGGGCCUAUUUACAGGCUUUGUAUGGUACGCAAUGUUGAUUCUGCCGACCCAAAUCGGCAGUACAAACUAGAAAAUAAAACUACAUACAAGUAUCUUAAUGUUACUUGGGGUAAUGAAAGCUCUGCUGCUAGGUGGCAGAUGGCCAUGGUGUCUGACUCCCCUCCUCUUAGAGAUGAGUUUGAGCAGUGGGUCAGGGAGGUUGAGAAAGGUGGUGGACGAAUGCCUAGCAAACAGGACGUGUUGGAAAAAAAGGAGGCCAUACAGAAGACAAAUUCAUUUGUAUAUUCAGCUGAUACUGUGAAGCAAAUGUUGCAAAUGAAAAAAUCUGCCACGUGGAAGCCUAUGAAUGUUGCUGCUGAGAAGGAGCGAUUAAGAAGAGAGAUGGAAGUAGCAAAAAUGAAGAAUGAUGAAGCUGAGGUAAAGAGGAUUACAGCUAGGCUGAAGGAACUGGAUGCCACAAGACAAGCCCAGGAGAAAGAUGAUAAGGCUCAUAAACUGGCUGAGAUGAACAGAAAGAACAGGGCUGAGAAUUUCAAAAACGCAUCCGAACUGAAAAAUGUGGAUACAACUUUGAAUGCUGGGGAAGAAGGAUAUGACCCCUUCUCAAGAAGAUGGACUAGGUCAAGGAAUUACUAUGCAGGAAAGCAAAAUGGCGAAGAGAAAGAGCCCACGACAAGAGCCGAUGCUCCUGCUGCUGCAUCGGUUGCGGAAACUAAUGCCACUACAGGUGAAGUAGGCAUGGCAGCCACAACUGCCGCAUUGAAAGCAGCAGCAGGUGCAGGAAAGUUGACCGAUACAAGUGCUCCCGUAGAUCAAGGAACAGAGUCAAACACACUACAUGAUUUUGAUUUACCUAUUUCAUUGGUUACACUUCAGAAGUUUGGAGGUCCACAAGGAGCUCAAGCCGGAUUUAUGGCACGAAAACAGAGACUAGAGGCAACUGUUGGCCGUAGAGUCCCUGAGGAUAAUGAGAGAAGACACACAUUGACUUUGACUGUCAGUGACUACAAGAGAAGGAUGGGGCUGCUUUGAUGCAUGUAUAUUGUAUAAUGGUGUUGCUAAUGCAGUAUCUUCCUUUAAUAACAUGCAUGGGUUUCAAAAAGCUGCUUUAGAUUUUAAAUGUAAUGGUGCUCAAGUAUGUUUCAAGUUUCAUGUAUGCUUGUUCAAAAUGUAACCCUUAGAAUUUUUCCUUCAUUUUAAAGAACUAUAAUUAGAGAGGCAUUACUUUUUAAAUGAUCUUUCUGUUGAAAAUAAACUGAUAGAAUAGCAAAUUUUCCUGUACUUGAUUUCCACAGCAAGUUUUUGUGUAAACUGCACCAUUUUUGCAUCAUCCCUUUAUAAUCUGAGCCUCUGCUCUCAAAGACUCACAUCGUUUGACACUAUGGACUCAUUUUUUAUUCCUACAUAUUACAGAGUAUUUUUUUAGAAUGGCAUUUUAAUAUUGGUAAAAAUCAUAUACAAAGACCACCAUCAUGCACACUGAUGUUUUGGAUGGAGACUGAUAAAGGGAUGAAACUGUAGGCCUGAAGCAGUUAUAUCUGGCAAAGAAAAAAGAUUCAGAAGUUAGAGGAGGAAGGAGAAUAUACCCAGCAUGAAUAAAAGAGCAUCUCAAACAAAAAGGGAAAGACACCGGCUAGUAUUGACUUGCAAUUGGGGUGCUGAGUGGCUAGUGGCUGUGUUGCUGAUGUGUUGUAUGACAUGUAGACACUAGCAAGUAGUGUCUUGCACUCAUGGUUGUCAGUGCACUGCCUAGUCACUGAUUAGCUGUCCAGUCGAUGAAGCUUAGCUGCCAAGAACUGUCGACUUGCGAGAGGGAAGCAAGGUGUACAUUGAUCGGAAAAUAUUAGAUUUAUUUGUGCAUACCCAAAUGGCCCAAUACAAAACCGAGCUAGGUUGAAUGUUCAAGACCAAGCAUGGGGGUAAAACUGAAGGAAAUCCCGGGUGAAAUUAUGCAUCACAUUCACAAUAACAAACCGAAGGUAACAUGUUUUUGUUUUUUCAUCGAUUAUGGCCCCUUCAUACCGGUCCGAUAGGGCCCACCCGGGCAGGUCAAACCGGUCUAGGGAAGGGUCAGAUACAACACCAUUCAUAGAGUAACCAACUACUGUCUAGUGGCUUAUUUUGAUGUCCCUUGGCAUUGGAGCUAAAAGAGUCAAUUUUGACAAUUCUUUUAAGCUUUAGGCGAACGAUGGACUAAAUCGAAAUGACAUCAUAAACUUCUAUCGCUUUA